AUGGGUCGAGUUCGUGAUGGACACUCGCGACAGGACAAGAAAGCCGGCCCUUCGCCACCGAACCCGAAGCAAAGCUCCGAACCGGAGCAAGGGUUCGAGGAGCGCGAACGGGAGAGUGUCUUCUGGUUCGAACAGGGCCAGGAAACGCUGGUCCGGAAGCUGGGCGAAACCCACAACACCAACCACGCGAAGAACGUGAUCUUCUUCAUCGGCGACGGCAUGUCGUCACAAACGUCGGCCGCCACGCGCAUGUACCUCGGUAACGAAGCGAACACCUUGUCGUUCGAACACUUCAAGGACACCGGCACCGUGCGGACGUACUGCGUCAACCGGCAGGUCCCGGAUUCGUCGUGCACGGCCACCGCGUACCUGUCCGGGGUUAAGAUUAACUACGGCAUGGUGAACAUAGCGGCCUCGGUGCAGAGGUACGCCUGUGACUACGAUCAGAACGCGACCGAGUUCGAGGGACUACUCCGGUGGGCGCAGGACGCGGGCAAGAGCACCGGCAUCGUGACGACGACGAAGAUCACGCACGCGACCCCGGCCGGUGCGUACGCCAGCAGUACCAAUCGGUACUGGGAGAACGACGUGGAGGUCGGCGAUUCCGGGUGCAACCCCGAGGACGUGGAAGACAUCGGCGAGCAGCUGGUGGGCAAGGAGCUGGCUCUGCGUUUCAACGUCGUGAUGGGCGGUGGCCGCGGUAACCUGCUGCCGGAGGAAACACUGGACGAGGAAGGCCAUCACGGGUACAGACGCGACGGUAAGAAUCUGAUCGAAGCGUGGAAGCAAGCGCAUCAGUCGAUGGGCAAGUGGGAGUACGUGUGGAACCGGGACCAGUUGCUGGGGGUCGACGUGAAGAACACCGAUUAUCUACUCGGGUUGUUCGAGACGGGCCACAUGAAGUACAACCUGGAGGUUCAGGAAAGCGCCGAAGCGAUGGCGCUCGAGCCAACGCUGGAGGAGAUGACCCAGAUGGCGAUCCGGAUGCUGGAAAAGAACCCGAAAGGGUACGUGCUGUUCGUGGAAGGUGGACUGAUCGACGUGGCGCACCACGAAACCUGGUCCCGGUUGGCGCUGGACGAAACGGCCGAAUACGCGAAAGCGAUCGGCACGGCCAGAGCGGCGACCAACGAGCAGGACACACUGAUCGUCGUCAGUGCGGAUCAUACCCACACGCUAACCUACAACGGUUACCCGAAACGUGGUAACGACAUUCUGGGCUUGGGAGACGUCAGCGACGAAGACUUCCUGCCGUUCACAACCCUGAGCUACGCCAACGGGGCCUCCUACUAUUGGACGUACACUCCGGAGAACCAUGGGGUUCGGGAAGACGUGUCCAAGUACGACUAUCGGCAGAUGAACCACCGAUACAUGGCCAUGGUUCCGCUCGAUGCCGAAACGCACGGUGGGGACGACGUAACCUUUUGGGCAUCCGGUCCAAUGUCGCACCUCUUCCGUGGAACCUACGAACAGAACACCAUCCCGUUGCUGAUCUCGUACAUCGCCCAGAUCGGUGAUUACUUCGACGACGGCUCCAAUGCCGGAACCGCGCCGUUGGCAUCCGUGCCUAUCUUACUCAUUAGUGCCAUCGUGGGAGUUUUGCGACGUUAA